CUCGAAGAUCUUUUUCUGUUAUAGAUAUACAUUAUAGUUUAUGCAUGAAUAUGCAAUAUCAAAACAGCACUCUAAGGGCGGCGUUCGCAGAAACAUAUAAAAAUAUUAGAAUAAUUGCGUUAAAAUGUGCAGUAACGAUGAGAAUGGCGUGCAAUGAAGACAGCGUAUUAGAGCUCGUGCACACGAGCAGAAAUGAAAUUUGAUUGAAUGAUCAUUUAAACAAUCAGCCGGCACAGAUUGUGCUUAAAGACGUCAAUAUAAUAGACAUUUAUUACAUUAUUAAUUACGAUACAUUUAUAAAGUGGUUCUUACAAUCUUUAACUAUAAUUUCUGCGUUCAGAUCUAUACAAAUGAUUUCUGACUAUAUGUGGUACAUUUGACCAUCAAUGUGGAUAAAAUUGAAAAAGGAAUGUAUAACAAUAUCACCUUUAGUUCUGUCAGCUGAUCGUCAUCCAUCAACAACAUGUAAAGGGUACACUGUGAUAAACUCCAAAUUAAAUCAUUUAUAUAAUCACUGUGGUACUGAGUAUUACAGUUUGAUUUAUAUUUUAUAAAAUUUUGUUGGGGAAGAAAAACAGAGAUAUCAGAGAAUCUUGUAAAAGAAUGGGAAAUAAAAGUAGUUGCUGUGUCUAUUCUAGUCCGCAAGUCGGACGUAAGGAUCUGGGAUCUGAAGGUGUUACCCGUGGUCUUGAGGAACAUCUGCCGGAAGGUGGAAUUAGUGUUAAUAAUUUACAACAUAUUAGUGAACGUGAACCAGAAGACUGGGAUUCAGAUCCGUCAUUACAUCCAUGUGCUGGUACUAUUUUUAUGGAACGAUCUAAACAAGCUAUUGAAAAUGGUAUGGUAAGAAAAAAGAGUCAGCAUCAAAUUGCAGAUAUAAGGCCUUUAAAAAAAAGUAGUAGUUGCAGUACAAUAUAUUUAGAUGACAGUACUGUUUCGCAACCUAAUCUUAAAAAUACUGUGAAAUGUGUUGCCUUAGCUGUUUAUUAUCACAUUAAAAACAGAACUUCACAACGACAAAUUGAUAUAUUUGAUGAAAAGCUUCAUCCAUUAACGAGGGAAGGUGUUACAGAAGAUUAUGAUAAAUAUAAUCCAGAACACAAACAAAUUUAUAAAUUUGUGAGGACGUUAUUUAAUGCUGCUCAACUUACAGCUGAAUGUGCCAUUAUAACAUUAGUUUAUUUGGAACGUUUACUUACAUAUGCAGAAAUAGAUAUAACACCAGCCAAUUGGAAACGAAUAGUACUUGGAGCUAUUUUAUUAGCGUCAAAAGUUUGGGACGAUCAAGCAGUAUGGAAUAUAGAUUAUUGUCAAAUCCUCAAAGAUAUUACAGUAGAAGAUAUGAAUGAAUUAGAAAAACAAUUUUUGGAAAUGCUACAGUUUAAUAUAAAUGUUCCUUCGAGCGUAUACGCUAAAUAUUAUUUUGACCUUCGCACACUUGCAGAAGCAAAUGAAUUAACAUUCCCUAGUGAACCACUCAGCAAAGAAAAAGCUCAGAAAUUGGAAGCAAUGUCCAGAGUUUACGAAGACAAAGUCACUGCUGAAGCUUUGCGUACUGGUAAUAAAAAAUGGUCAAGUUUAGAUAAUAUAUGCAUAGGUGGACCUAGACGUAGUAUUGCUAUUCUAUCUUAAACAUCGGAUAUUAGCGGAUACGUUAUUUGUACUGCAUACCUUCACAAUUAAGGUAUGUGAACAAGAAAAGUUUUGCAGACCUAUAAUAGUAUAGUAUCAAUCAAUUUCAAAUGUUUUG